UUCUCGAUCUCCUUGAAUUUACGGCACAGGGAAAAAGGCAUGGCGACGGCACAUUAUUUGCCAGGGCGUCGGGGCGAACCAGUGUCCAAGCAUCGGUCCAGAUCGGCGCCACCUUACGGCAUAGACCAGGCGAGACUGCGGGAGAUCGCGACACGGAGGAUAGACCCACAGGUGCUGAAAGACGUGAAGGAGAAGGCUCGCUCUGCCUGGACGGACCACAGCGAGCGCCGCGCCCGGACUCCGACGUCGUACGCCGCAGACUUUCACAUCAAGAGCCUGGACGAGCCCACCCCCAUGCGGCCCCCAGAGCCACAGAGGCGGAACAAACCACAUCCACCAGAAGUUUUCUUGACCACGAGGCUGCGCAGUGUGCCGGGCUAUCACGACCCAGACGCGGCUGUGGACAAACCUACUUACAAAAUUGACGCGAGUCGGUCUAAGAAGGAGCAGGAACUGCGGGCCAUCCUGCGCCGGAAGUACCAGCCCCGCCCAGCAACCACGUCCAUGAUGCAGUUCGACAGGAGACGGGCUUUGCAAGACACACUGGACCCUCACGCAGCCCAGGCGACGGAGGCGUGGCUAAAACUGGCUAAUGACAAAGACAAGCGGGCCGUUCUAGGAGUUAUCAACGACAUGGCAAACAGACGACUCAUUGAGAAGGAGGCGGAGACAGCUUUCAGACCAGAAGCGGUGCCGUCUCUGCACAGAUGGCUGAAGAAGGCGGGAAGAUCAGAAGCCGAAGCCAUGACCCGCCUGAUGAAAACCCUGUCCACCCGCCCCACGGCUCUACCCACGGAGGGUCCGCACUUCCAUAUCACCGACUAUAGUAAGGUCGCUGAGGUGUACGGCUGCAACCCGCGCCCCUACCGGCGGGAGUUCGUACUGCACCCGGAGUGGAAGUGGGAGUACAUCCAGAAGCACGGCGACAUCAAGCGGACGGUGCCGCACCUGCAGCACAUCGAAGCGCAAACAACGCCGUACAACAGGGGCCCGCAGAUAUUUACACCCUCAUUAUGCGGACUCUAAUAGAUUGACAUAAUAGAUUGUAAUUUGUAUCCAGGACCGCGCCCAUGUAAUUUUACAGACGUACGUCCCUUAAGGUUGUUUUACAGCAGAUGAUGAAGUGGGCGAAGGUUAGGAUCAGGCACGGUUCUGGAUAAUCUCUAUCGUAUCCACAAUCGUACCUAUCUAGUUCUAUGCCUGAAUUCGUUGGGUUAUGGUUAGGAUCAGGCACGGUUCUGGAUACGCAUUAUCGAGGCGCAGACCACGCCCUACAACAGGGGCCCGCAGCCAAUGAUAUUCACCCCCCCCCCCUCAUAGGCAACGCGGUCUACCAUAGAUUGUAAUCAUUGUAUACAGAACCGCGCCUAUCUAGCCCUCAGUGCCUGAAUUUGUUAGUGUCAGGCACGGUUUCUUGCCUUGGGUAGUUACGUAGAUGAAAAAAUGUCUUAUUAGGGAUACAGGGAUCAGUUGAGAAAGUUGUCCAAAACGUUUUAAAGCAGGAAAAUACGUGAUAUCGCCUCUGAGAGGUCAAAUUUAAGGUUAUAUUUGAUUUGAUUUAAAGACAAUGAUUUGCGGUGGCAAUUUUAGACUCGUGGGCGGUUAGGACAUGUGAUUGGCUCACAGACGGAACACCUAAUCUUAGUUUAAUAAUCUUUGUAAAAUUUAUAUUAGGGUAAUGUUGGCAUGGUUGAAAUGCUUAUUGUGCUGAGUGAGUGCUAGAUGUGGUCAGUCGUUUCAUAAAGAAAACAGCCUUCACAAGUCGGAAUUGUUUACAAACGAAAGGAUUUGGAUAUCACUCUGCAUGUGUCCGAUAAAAAAAACGCUUGCGCAAUUGCAUAGUGCUCUGUAGCCCUACGCCCUUUUAUGGUGCCAAAGCUUCAUGGAAUUAGUUCUGAAGCUGUUAAAAUGUCGAGAAAUUUUCAUGGUGAGUCACGGCGGAUUUUUUUUUACAAUAACACAAUAGCUACCUCCACCCUUGCCUGCCAAAUAACAAUAGCGCCUUUCCACACCACCGAAUUCUGUUCUGCUUGGAGAGUACGCAAGCAGUUCAAAGUGCCCAGGAAGCUCCGGCGACUAUUAAUAGAAUUGUCUGAAACUGCACGGUGGAAAAAACUUUUUAGUACAUAUCCAUGACAGGGACUGACUUGUAAUCCUGCUAUACUUUAUCAGGGUAACUGAUGUGUAGUUGUACAUAUUUUACUUGACUAGGUAGAAUUAAAGUGGAAGUUUUAAGGUAUAUAACGUUAUAUUGCUAGAUAGCUCAGCUCCCAAACUGGUUGGACGUUGACAAGUCAUACCAAUACAUUUGCACGCACAAUUCUCAUGAAUUUGCGACUGCAGUCAAAAAAGCACGAUUUGGAAUUUACUAAGCUACUUCUGAUGUUAACCAUGAUGAUGACAUUAACCAACCAGAUUGGCGCACGAUACUCACGUCACAGCCACGUGGGUGCAAGCACCUCAAUAUGCUCGGAGAAUGUACUUAGGAUGUUUCAAAGAACAUUGUUGCAACGACCUUGUGCCCACAGAGAACGGCGUGUUUUAAUUGACAAUACUACGUGUCUGAGAGUCAAACUUAUGUUCAAAUGUGUAAAUAUCUACUCACAAUACAUUGAAUUUGUGUUUUACUUCUUUGCUUCUACUAAAUUAAAACAAAAACACUA